UUUUGUGUCACAUGACGAAGCGUAAAUUGAAUUUGAUCUGAAUGAGCGGGUAUAGGUAAGCGCUGGCGAGUGCCUUUUUCGUUAUCGACAACGAUGGGCUUUCGCCACGCAGCGGUGCUAGGACCUGUAUCUUUCUUCCUGGGUAUUCUGUCUAUUUGCUUUACACUGGACCAUGCGCUUCUCUGGCGGCCUGUGACGGCAGAAAUCAUCUCGGAUGGGUUCCAAUUCUACACGACGUUCUUCAAUGCGCCUACAGCGAUCAAAGCGUUGCUACAUGCGAUGAUGGGAAUUGGGCUAGUCGGGCUUGUGAGCAAGUUGCACAAGUGGGAUGACAGUGCGAUGUUUUUUGAUGGGUCUUCUUUGGGUCAGCCAAUAAUUUUUUUUUUCGCAAUCAAAGUGAAGAAGCUUAUUUUACACACAGGCGCCUACGUGUUUGCGAUUGCUGUAUACCUGACUGUGAUCAUUCCUACGUUACGUACGAUAGCGACGCCGCUGGAAGACGAGACAAGGGAGGACCGUAUUGAAGCCAUGCGAGUGCUGAGUGCUGCGAAUGUGAUUAUCGUGGUGUGCCUUGGUGGGAUCCUGGCUUUACAGGCAGGGCAAGAAUGGGCACGGCGUACGACAGAAGAUAAGGAAAAGAAAGAGAAAAGCGGGCAAAAAAGAGUAGAAGGUAGAGUGAAUGGGGUAUUGUGAAGUGUUUACGGUGGUAGUUGGGCCGUCGAUGGACCGCAUCAGUGGAUCA